CUGACUGCCGAGCUGCUCGCGCAAGUACCGCGAGGUCCAGACAGCAGCACGAGCGAUGCGAGUCGAGGGUCGCGAGGAAACAGACUAACUAAAACAGAAAACACCUCGAUACCGAGUAUCGUAUCGUUUCAGCAGCGUGAACAGGAAACACAGCACAGUGAGCAUGUCGGUGCUAGCCCUGCAAGAGUAUGAGUUCGAGAGACAGUUCAACGAGGACGAAGCCAUCCGAUGGAUGCAGGAGAACUGGAAGAAGUCAUUUCUGUUCUCUGCACUCUACGUUGCCUUUAUCCUUGGGGGCCGCCAUGUCAUGAAACAGAGGGAGAAGUUUGAGUUGAGGAAACCACUGGUGCUAUGGUCGCUCACGCUUGCUGUCUUCAGUAUAUUUGGUGCCAUUCGUACUGGGAGUUACAUGAUGUACAUCCUGAUGACGAAAGGGCUGAAACAGUCAGUUUGUGACCAGAGCUUUUACAACGGGCCUGUCAGCAAGUUCUGGGCGUACGCCUUUGUACUUAGUAAAGCACCAGAACUGGGUGACACUCUCUUCAUCGUCCUGAGGAAACAGAAGCUCAUCUUCCUCCACUGGUACCACCACAUCACCGUGCUGCUCUACUCCUGGUACUCCUACAAAGACAUGGUGGCCGGUGGUGGAUGGUUCAUGACCAUGAACUACUUGGUCCACGCUGUCAUGUACUCUUACUACGCCUUGCGGGCAGCCGGCUUCAAGCUGUCGCGCAAGUUUGCCAUGUUCAUCACACUGACCCAGAUCACCCAGAUGCUGAUGGGCUGUGUGGUCAACUACCUGGUGUACUCGUGGAUGCAGCAGGGCCAGGAGUGUCCAUCCCACAUGCAGAACAUUGUGUGGUCUUCCCUCAUGUACCUCAGCUACUUUGUGCUCUUUGUCCAGUUCUUCUUCGAGGCCUACUUUGGCAAGUCCAAGUUAUCGGCUGCGGCUGUCACAAAGAAGAGCGAGUAAACAAAUGCCAUAAGUAUGGGAAGAAGGGUGAUCAUGAAGAAAAAGGGAGAUUAAAAUGGAGAGCAGGGACCAGUGACUUGACAGAAUCUGUUAGGGUUGGGUAAUGGUUGUUGGAAUGACAUAUGGGUGAUGCAGAGGUGGCUUGGGGAGUGGGUGUGGGGUUGGGGUGGGUGUGGGAGGGUCAAGAGGAUGGCUGAUGUUUGUGCUUGAGCAUUACUACUAAUGUGCAGAUCUAAAAUGCCUCAAUGGAUGUGACGUUUCCGUUGAAGGAUGCUGAGGAAGCAGCGCCGCCAUGAUCAGAGCCAUCACGACUUGUCCACCUGAAGUUUAAAAGCCCUUUUUUUUUUUAAUUCAUCAUGAAUUGUUUUUAAAACCUAAAAUGUUAUAAAAGGACAAAAUCACCGGAUUUAAAAAAAAUUACAAAUGCCAUGAGCAUAUGUUUACUUGAUAUUAAAAAAUUAAUUGGUGCAUAUGACGAUGGAUGGAGUCAGUGUUAACUUGAGCCAUCUGAGUAUGUUUAUGUCCGUCUGUUGUCAGUGUUUGUUGUUUUGUUUUGAUCUGUCAAAGAAGAAGUUUGAACACUGGUGAGUGUUGGUGGUUGGUAUGAACUGAUGGGUGAACGGCACUGUAUAUUCUGUGUCUUACAUUGCAAAAUGCGAUAUUUUCUCAGGUCUUAGGUUAUCUCUUUUCUUAAUAUUAUAUGCAUAUCAAGACAAAGUAGACAUGUUAAACAUCGGCACCGGUUUAAAGUAUGGCUAAAAUUCAUCCAGUAUGGCUGCAUAGUUGGGGAGGGGGAAAGUAUGAAUGAAGCUGAUUGGAUUGACUGACUCAGAUGAUCACACUGCUCCUGGGCAUGAUGGGAAACAGAUGCUCACAGUGCCCUGCUUCACCACUUGUCAUGACCUUUCAGAAGUUGCCAACCACACUUUGGAAAAUGACUUGCCAUUGAUUUCCAAAUGCCUCUCUGUGUUGAAGGGUCCCUACCAGUGAAGAAAACUUGUCUGUUGAACACUGAAGGCUGAAGGACAAACAUAUUUAUGUUUAGCAAAAAAAAGAAAAAAAAUCAAACAUGCAAAUUGUCAAAAAUCUGCUGUAUUGACUUUGAAAAAUAGUAUGUAUCCUUAAUGGUGUCUGUUGUGCUAUUGUGCAUUUGCACUGUAUCAAUGUCAAAACAAUUGUUGCUGAAAAACUUAACGUAUGAACAAAGAGUGCAAAAAUGUGA